AGUUCUAUCGCACGAUUUCAGUCUCAGGACCUAAGAAAAAGAAAGUUUGAUACAACACACGAAACCUCGUCCGUGAAAAAGUGCAUUUUCCGCUGGAAAACCAUUCGUGCGGACCGCAAUGGAUCCAUCAACGUCCCUCGGGGACGACCUGUUUGAGAUGCCAAAUGGCGAUCCGGCCAAGUUCUGUCGGCUGUGUUUGUCGGAGAUGGAUGUGGAGGAACUGUUUCCUGACGGGCAAGGUAUCCGACAGGACGUGAUCGAUGGAAUUUACAAGUGUACCGGCAUUCGGAUCAGCCUGGAAGAUGAUUAUCCGGCUGCGGUUUGCUGGAUGUGCCUGAUGUCGCUGGAGGAAUUUCAAUGGUUCCAAGAGCGAUGCCAGCGAUACGAUGUGCUUAUUCGCCGGAAACGGAAGCAGAUGAUUGCCGCGAAAAAGGCGCCUGCGGUGGUGAUUGAGAACCAUAAUUUUCCUGUCGUUGAGGAAGACGAUGGCGAUUAUGAUGACGAUGACGAUGAGCCGGAUGGACCGGUGUUGCGAAUUUCAUCCGUUCAGGAAAAUGUCCAAGCAAUUGGGGAGGAAGAGAGUCUGGUGGUGCCACAGGCAUCCUAUGUAGCCCCACCGGAGGAGCAGGAUGUGAAACCGAAUGCGCAAGCGCUGGCAGAUUUUGCCGCACACUUCAUGGCCGGUGGUGGCGGCUUUGGGGAAGGGUCAGACACAUUGGAUGCGACUUCCGCAUCCGAAGAAGUCGAUAAACAACUACAAUGCAAGCUGUGUAGUCGUAUCUUCAAGAAUAAGGCCAAUCUGUGGGAGCACAACCGGCUGCACAAAGGGAAUCUUCCGUUUAAGUGCGCUGACUGCGGAACGACCUUCAGCCGAACGAAACAGCUUGAGGCUCACCGGCAGAAAUACCACUCGAAAGAUUCAACCGAGGAUCCACCGUUGAGACUUCCGUGUCGGUUCUGUCCCCGGGUGUUUCCCAGGAAGGGCGAUCGCACGCAGCACAUGAAGAUGCUCCAUUCGGAUUUGUACGAUCCGAACGAAAAGAUGGAAACGUCGACCCCGACGCUGUCCAGUGGAAGGAACACGCCGGCUUCAAACUUUGGAGUAUCUUCAUCAGCCAUGCUUGCCAUGCCGGAAAAGAAGACUGCCAUUACCAUCAAACGGCCCAUGUCUGCCGCGACUCCUACGCCCAUUCGAAGAAGGCGUAGUCUGUUGACCGCCGCUGCUGGACAGGACGGUCCCAAUCUUAAUUGCACCAUAUGUACGAAACUAUAUCCAUCAGUUCGAGAGCUCGAAGAGCACGUCAGCCGGGAUCAUCCCAUAGGUUCUAUUAUGUCCUGUCCAUUCUGUCCUAAGACGUUCAAAUCUCGGCAAACCAUUCGGAUGCAUAUUCUCAAUCAUCAGGGCAAGUUGCCGUACAAGUGUGAUGACUGUGACGCUCGUUUCGAUCGGAAGUUCUACCUUCAGAAGCAUCGGGAGCGUUACCAUCAGGGAGAAGGUGCGGACAACCAAGCCGCCAUGAAGUGUCGUUUCCGAUGCAAGUUCUGUCCGAGGAUCUUCCUUAGAAAGAUUGAUCGUAAAACUCACAUCCGAUUGGUGCACCAAGCGGAGAUCAAGAUCAAGCAGGAGAAACUCGAUCCGGAAAUUGAUGGGGAUGAAGUAAUGGCGGAUGCGGAGCAGUCGAACAGCUCGACCCCGGCCAGUCUGCAGCAAUCGGAACUCAGCUUUGGAUGUCUCCAGUGUGGAAUGCAGUUCCGAUCGCCGGAAAAGCUGCGUGUCCACACCGCCACACAUCACGUAAAAAAGGAACCCACUGCAGCGGCCAGUUCCAAAGCGGACCAAAAUCCGCGCCCGAUCCGGCAAGGCUUAAACGUUCGACGGCCAUUCAAGUGCCAAUACUGUCCGAAGACCUUUGCCCAGAAGUACGUCAUGAUGGAGCACACCUUCAUCCACACCGGUUCCCUUCGUUAUCCGUGCGAUAUCUGCAUGGCCAUGUUUAACCGACCGCACUAUCUGAAGGCCCACAAGGCCAAGCAUCACAGCGACAAUUCCACAUUCAAGGCGAUCAAGUGUCGGUUCUGCACUCGGACCUUUGUUCGGAAACAGGACAUCAAGAUCCACGAACGGGUCGCGCACAAUGUGACUGAUUUCAAUGACACCAACGUUCAGCGGGAAAUAUUCGAAACUUCACAUAACGGAUCGUUUGAGGAGGGUGUCAGUGGCACGGGCGAUGGAGGCGAUGUGGCAGCGGCGACACGUCCAACGGGGGGACAAUCGAGUGUGGUUCCCUACACCGUUGAUGAGGACGUGGAUGACUUCGAUGGGGACGAUGACGAUGAUUACGUUGCUGGAGAGGAGAACGGAGAAGACGACACCAGUUACGACAUUCCGGAAAACCCGGAAAUCCGCGACGUGGUCAUAACACUGGAACGUAUCCCUGACGAAGUCUUGGAAACAUUGGAUGUAUCCUACGACGAUUACGACGAAGAGAAUGAUGAACUCAACGGUGAUGCAGUAGAAUCGGAUAACAACCGUACCGAUACUCCGAGGCUCAACAUGAGCAUCACUCUUCACCGGUGCCCAAAGUGUCAGAAAGUGUUCAAGACACUCAAGUCGCUAAAACAUCACAUGAUCUACCACCAGAGUCAGUUGCCGUUCGCUUGCGACGAGUGUGGAGUUCAGUUUGCACGGAAUCGACCGCUUCAGAUCCAUAAAGAACGGUACCACUCGGAAGAUGCACCGUAUAAAGGGGAGCGUUUCAGUUGCGAUUUCUGUCCAAGAAUCUUCCUUCGCGAUCGCGAUAAACUGUUCCAUCAGAAGAUCGUACACUCUAUGGAGAAAAGCUACCACAAUCGAGAUGAAGGUACCCCGGAGCUGAAGAAAGCUAAGAUCAAAAAGCGUAAAGACUACGUCUGUCUGACGUGCUGCGAACGUUUCGAGACGGAGAAGUCCUGUCAGCGGCACAUUAAUCAGGAACAUCCGGACGAAUCGGCGGACAAGAUGACGUGCGACUCGGUCAUUCCAGCGCUGUUGGUCACACCCAAAUUGGAAUCGGAGCGGGAUACCCCAGAAAAUCCAACAAACCCGGAGGAUAUUAUCAAAUCAGACACUCCAAACGAGUCGGAGCGACCCAAGUCUACCAUUCCGUCGGAGUCGGAGCGACCCAAGUCUACCACCAUUCCGUCGGAGUCAGAACGACCCAAAUCAACCAUUCCGUCGGAGUCGGAACAACCUCCCCCACCGCCGGCCCUGGCCACCAACAGACCGUACAAACUGUGCCGCUGCACCAUUUGCGUUUCCACUUUCAAGAACCGUGAAAACUGGGAGGAUCACCUCCAAAACCAUCCAAACGUACGGCCGCAUCAUUGCGAGAAAUGUCUGAUCAAACGGAAGAGCCGCUCGAAUCGCAAGGUCACAUCCGUUGGGUUCAAGUGCCAACACUGCCCCAAGGUAUUCACCAAGUCUAACACCCUGCGUACACACUCGCGCCUUCACAACUCCGAACUGCGCUUCCCUUGCGACGAGUGCGGCAUGAUGUACGAUCGCUAUCGGCUACUGCAGGCCCACAAGGACAAGUACCACUCGGAGGACUCCUACAUGAAUCCGCCGCUGGAAACCUACCGAUGCAUGUAUUGUCCGAGGACGUUUAUGCGCCAGCGGGAUUGCAACUUUCACCAGGAAUCGGUCCACGCUGUCUAACGUGGGAAGCAAUUGUAAAGUAUUACACGAUCAUUAUCAAACAAGAAGCAAAGCAUACACACAGCACACACUGACACACACUUAUCCUUAUGGCAAAUCAUCUAUAUGUUAAGGUCACGCAGAUUAUUUUUUACACAAAAGUGGUGUACUUCUUUAUGUUUCUUAUAUAUUUUAUCCAGGUUUUAUGUUCAAAACGGUAAGUAUUGAUCAAGUAGGACUUCCAUUAUUCUCGUUUUUAGCUGUAAGAAGAGGAAACCCUAAAUUAGGAGGGUUACAGAGAAUUUCACACGAGAAUCAACAAGACAUUACAUUUUAUUAUACUCGAGAGCUGAGCUGCUCUUUUAGCUUCCUUUAAGCCCCCCUUCCGUCUAGUAUCUAAUAUGACUUUAAUACACCUACUUAAUAAAAUUGAGUAAGAUCUGAAAAUGCCGAAAUAUGUGUAUGAAACAAAACAAA